AUGCCCCACCCACUCGUCGGCAAGCCCGCUCCUUCAAUCUCUCUCCCUGACGCCAAUGGCGAGACGUUCACCCUGACACCGGGCGCAAAUGGUGUACCCGUGGCUUUGUUCUUCUACCCCAAGUCAGGGUCGUGGGGCUGUACGAAGGAAGCUUGUCAGUUCCGAGACAAUAUCGCAGAAAAGGAUGUGUACAAGAGCUCUGGUCUGUCGGUCAUCGGCAUUAGCCCUGAUUCCGUUGAGAAACAGAAGGUGUUUGUCGAGAAGCAGAAACUGACGUAUCCGGUUCUCAGCGACACAAGCGGCGAGGCGCGCAAGGCGUACCAUGUUGGCAAAGGUCUCCUAGGCCUCGCCGACUCGGCGCGUGUCACAUUCUUCAUUGACUCCAAGGGUGUGGUUCGUGAUUCCUUGGAUUCCACAUUGAACUACGGUUCGCACUCGAAGUUUGUGACAAAGUGGCUUGAUAAGAUCAACACGGAAGAGAAGCGAGCCGCUGAACCUGCUCCCGCUAGCGAGACAUCCGCUGACGCUCCUACUACCGAUGCGCCUACUACCGAUACCGUUCCGGCUGCUGAAGAGAGGGAAUAA